GUCCUUCUUCUAAUAGCUGAAGGAGAAAGAUGGCUGCGUCCGUGCUGUGCCGGAGGACAGCAGUGUUACACAGACAUUUUAAACACAUUAGCGGCUCUCAGUGCGCCAUUCUGCUGCAGACAGCCAAGUACAACCCCAGACCUUUGCGGCUAAACCUCAACGAGCCGUACGUACCGGAUAAAGACAGCACCAAGACCCCGGAAUGGCAGAAGACAGCCAAGUACGACGCGAAGCUGUACGGUCGCUACGGCUCAGCUUCAGGCCUUGACCCCGCGAGACUGUGGCCGAGUCACGGACAGCUGGACAAUAUCAUCACGGAGGAGAAAGAGUGGCAGCCUUCGUUAGAGGUGAUGCUGAAGAAUAUAGAGCUCAAGGAGAAGGAAGAGACGGAGAAACGACAAGCAAAAGAGAGACUCAUAGCAGCAAACAUGGCCAAAAUGCCCAAGAUGGUGGCUGACUGGCGCAGAGAAAAGCGUGAAGCCAAACAGAAGCAAAAGGACGACAAGGCUCGUCGUGAAAAGCUGCUGGCAGUAGCCAGAGAGCGCUUUGGCUUCGCAGUGGACCCCCGCUCCCCCAAGUUCUUAGAAAUGGUCGCCGAGAUUGAAAAGGAAGAUAAGAAGAAGAAGAAACUGAUGAAACGCAUGCUGAAAGGAGAGCAGGCGGCUGCUCCUGUCACACCUCCUGCUGCCACUUCUUAGUCUUGCACCAAGUCAUUUCAGACACAAAUAACAGUUGGGCCUCAGUCUGAUGGUGUUUAAUGAGAUGGAAAGUGCACCACGUAACACAGCGGAGUGGGACAGUCGUUUAAGAGAAGAUGAAGAACGGUCUGGUCCUGGUUUGGCGUCGGACGUCUAACGACCGGGAUCCAAGAGGAGCUCUUGCAUUUUCUUUUCCUCUGUAAAAAGGUUUAUCUGAAAUAGUUUUUCUUAUUUUUGACACAUUUGUCUGUCACUGAAAUAAAUUCAUCUCUGUGAACAUUG